AUGGUCUUAGCAAUUGUCCUUUUGCUGGUUUUCGGCUCAGCCAUGGCUUCACCGCCCACCUGUGAUGACCUCAAAGAAGAAAUGGCUCCUUGCCUUUCUUACUUUGGAAAACGAGUUUCCCAGCCAACCGAAACUUGUUGCAGUGGUCUCAAAUUCGUCGGCCGCUACCUCAACGAUCAGAAUAAUCGCAAGUUCGUCUGUGACUGCUUUAGGGCGGUGGCAAAACGGCUCGGGCGGCCGGUCGAUGAUCGGUUCAUUGGUCUUCCUAACAAGUGUGGACUGUCUAUAAGAAUGCCACCUGUCUCUCUUGGCAACGUUGUUUGUUGA